GACUCGUACCGCAAGCAGGACUCGUACCGCAAGCAGGUAGUGAUCGAUGGUGAGACUUGUCUGCUGGACAUCCUGGACACAGCAGGGCAGGAGGAGUACAGUGCCAUGAGGGACCAGUACAUGAGGACUGGGGAGGGAUUCCUCUGUGUCUUUGCCAUUAACAACAGCAAAUCCUUCGCUGAUAUCAACCUUUACAGAGAACAGAUCAAGAGAGUGAAAGAUUCGGAUGAUGUGCCCAUGGUGCUAGUUGGGAACAAGUGUGAUCUGCCCACAAGAACAGUAGACACAAAACAGGCACAAGAACUAGCAAAGAGCUAUGGGAUUCCCUUCAUAGAGACCUCUGCAAAAACGAGACAGGGUGUGGAAGAUGCUUUUUACACACUGGUGAGAGAGAUCCGACAGUACCGGAUGAAAAAGCUCAACAGCAGUGAGGAUGGGAACCAAGGCUGCAUGGGAUUGUCCUGUGCUGUGAUGUGAAAAGAUGCCAAGCAAACAUGGUUCAGGUGCAGCUGCUGGACGAGUCUCGAUGCUCCUGUGCUGCAUCUCAUGCUGAUGCCCUGCAGUGUUUUGGUGCCAGUGAGAGACUCUUGGCACCAGUUAAUUAGCACAAGGUCCUUUCCCGUGCUCCAUCUGAAGAGAACAUCCAUGGCAUCUACCUCCCUGCUCAGCUCACGGAGCAGCAGCAUCUCUGGAUGUACUGGGAUUCUUUUCUCACUGUGUUACCUGGGUUUGUUCAAGAAGAAAACCAGUCACAAAAGUGAACUAUAGAGACUAAAUGCUGUGAAAAAGAUGACACUUUACCUCUAGAGUAAAAGCUAGAAGUGCUGUGUGUCCCCUGUCUGUUGGAUUCCGUGCAGUGCUGUCAGAGGAGUGGCA